UGCUAUGUCGGGGAAAGGACGCGGAUAGAGUCGUCAGUUGGCUUACCGCCCUCGCACCUGUCCCGCGCUCUACCCACACCUGUCCGGCUCUCUAACCCCACCUGCCGGCCGACCAGAUGAAUUGCCAGACCAGGGAAGCCGUGGGUUCGCGGUUGGAGCUUCGCCUACCAUCUGAGGAUGAAUGAAGCCUCCUCCUCCACACACCUCGGUGCGGAAUGCCUCCAGUUCGUCCUCAGGUCUGCUGUCCUGACCAGGCGUUUUAACGGCCCUGCUCAUAUGUGGAGGAAACAAUCUGCCAAACAAAUGACAGCUGCAAAGUAGCGCCGAGGUGUUUUGCUUUAACUUGGAAUAGUGAACUGGUUUGAAACUGGCCAUGGCCACCAUCGGGGACUUCGACCCGCUCACCUCCACCGUGCCUGCCACCAAGAUAGAGAUCACCGUGUCGUGCAGGAACCUGCUGCACAUGGACACCUUCUCCAAGUCAGACCCAGUGGUGGUGCUCUACCUGCAGGGGCUGGGGACCAAGGAGUGGAGAGAGUUCGGUCGGACGGAGGUCAUUGACAACACGUUGAACCCAGACUUUGUGAGGAAGUUUGUGUUGGAUUUCUUCUUUGAAGAGAAACAAAAUCUACGCUUUGACGUGUACAACGUUGACACCAGAAGCUCCAACCUCUCCAAACAUAAGGACUUCCUGGGUCAGAUGUUUUGCACGCUGGGGGAGAUCAUCGGAUCCACUGGAAGCAGACUGGAGAAAACACUUUCUGGGAUUCCGGGGAAGAAAUGUGGAUGCAUUGUGUUUUCUGCUGAGGAGCUCAGUAACUGUAGGGACAUCGCCACCAUGCAGCUCUGUGCCAACAAGCUGGACAAGAAGGACUUCUUCGGCAAGUCGGACCCCUUCCUGGUGUUCUACCGCAGCAACGAGGACGGGACAUUUACCAUCUGCCAUAAAACAGAGGUGAUCAAGAACAACCUGAAUCCUGUGUGGCAGUCCUUCACCCUCCCAGUGAGGGCCCUCUGCAACGGGGACUACGACCGGACCGUGAAGGUGGACGUGUUUGAUUGGGACAGAGAUGGAAGCCAUGACUUCAUCGGGGAGUUCACCACCAGCUACCGAGAGCUGUCAAGGGGUCAGAGCCAGUUCAACGUGUACGAGGUUCUGAAUCCAAAGAAGAAAGGGAAGAAGAAGAAAUACGUAAACUCAGGGACGGUGACCUUGCUGUCUUUCAAAGUGGAGUCAGAAUACACCUUUGUGGAUUUCAUCCGAGGAGGGACGCAACUCAAUUUCACCGUGGCCAUCGACUUCACAGCGUCCAACGGGAACCCCUCUCAGCCCACCUCGCUGCACUACAUGAGCCCGUACCAGAUGAACGCCUACGCUAUGGCCCUGAAGGCGGUGGGGGACAUCAUCCAGGACUACGACAGCGACAAGCUCUUCCCAGCCUAUGGCUUCGGGGCCAAGCUGCCCCCAGACGGAAAGAUCUCCCACGCCUUCCCCCUGAACUCCAACAUGGAUGACCCCAACUGCGUGGCCAUCGAGGGUGUGCUGGAGGCCUACUUCCAGAGCCUGCGCAGUGUCCAGCUCUACGGACCCACCAACUUCGCCCCCGUCAUCAACCAGGUGGCCAGGUGUGCUGCCGACAUGACGGACGGCUCCCAGUACUUCGUAUUGCUGAUGAUCACGGACGGCGUGAUCUCGGACAUGGACCAGACGAAGGAAGCGGUGGUCAAUGCAGCCGGUCUACCGAUGUCCAUCAUCAUCGUGGGAGUGGGCCCUGCAGAAUUUGACGCCAUGGAGGAGCUGGACGGGGACGAGGUUAGAGUGUCCUCCAGGGGGCGCUCUGCUGAGAGAGACAUCGUCCAGUUCGUGCCGUUCCGGGACUACAUCGACCGCUCCGGUAACCAGGUGCUGAGCAUGGCGCGGCUGGCUAAAGACGUGCUGGCAGAGAUCCCCGACCAGCUGCUCUCCUUCAUGAGGAGCCGGGCCAUCGAACCACGGCCUGCCGUUCCAGCCAGCGGCUCCCAGUCCCACAGCACAGCCACCACCACCUCCACCAGCAUCAGCAGCAUCGCUAAAGGAAGAAACACACACGCCUGAAAUACACCUGUG